AUGUCAGUAAUACUCCUUACUAUCUCUGCUCUAGUAAUUGCUCUUGAUGGUGAUUCAGACAAUCCAUCAGGAGGGUAUAAGUGGACUUACAUGAUUGGGUGUUUGCUUACGCUUCUUGCUUCUCUCAUUUACUCUCUUCAGCUCUCUCUUAUGCAAUAUUCAUUCGAGAAUAUCAUCAAGAGAGAGACGUUUUGUGUGGUUCUUGAAAUGCAAAUCUACACAUCUCUUGUUGCCUCUUGUGUUUCGGUUAUCGGGUUGUUUGCAAGCGGGGAAUGGAAGAUGCUGAGGAUGGAGAUGGAAGAGUUUCACAAGGGUCAAGUCUCUUAUGUUUUGACUUUGGUUGGGACAGCAUUUUCAUGGCAGUUGGGUUCUGUAGCAGCCUUGGCACUUAUAUUUCUUGUGACUUCUCUGUUUUCGAACCUUAUCAGUAACCUCUCUUUCAUUGUUACGCCUGUUGCAGCACUUGUGGUGUUCGAUGACAAGUUGACUGUGGGUAAGAUUGUCGCAAUGCUCUUCGCCAUCCCGGGAGUAGGUUUUUAUAUGUACAAGAACCAUCUUGAUGGUUUGGAAGUUCAAAGAGCAAGAAAAACUCAAGGAUGA